AUGCCGCAAGGAAGGCAAUCCACUCUUGGCAAAUUUCUGAAGAACAAGCAGAAUGACACCACGCCCAAAUCUCAAUCCACUCUGUCCUUCCAUCAGAAGUCCGCAUCCAAGAGCGACCCAGCCUCGUCUGACAAUGAAGAUCAGCCUGUCAAGAACCAGGACUACGCCACUCCUGACGCAGACAUGAAGGAUGCGGGAAAUACUCUUAAGAAUGGCAACGAAGAGAGUGACGACUCUUCGAGCGGGAAACACAAGCGGCAGUCUUAUGGCAGUGAAAACGACGUAGAUGACUCUGAUGACCAGCCCGUUAUCAAGAGGAGAAAAACAACCAUGGCCAAGCAAGGCUAUGAAAGUGAAUUUAGCAAGCCGUCGUCACAAGCAAAAGGCCUCAAUGCGAAUGGCGCAUCCCAACCCAACACAGAGAACCUGACGGAAACAGUCCAAAAAUCAACAUUGGAAGAUUCAGUUUCGUCGGACGAGGACAAAGCGGUGUCUGAGCAUGAGGAUCACCUCUCGUCGAGUGAAGAUGAGAAGCCCAAGGUAGACAAAAAGCAAGUCGCCAAAAUUCAAGCCACUAUUAGAUCUUCGGGGAAAGAUCCUUAUCCGGACUGGAAAAUUGGAGAGCCUGUGCCUUACGCAGCUCUAUGCACAACCUUCUCGCUCAUCGAGCUCACAACGAAACGGCUUCAAAUCAUUGCCUAUUGCUCCGCUUUUUUACAACAAGUUCUGCGCUUGACACCACAGGAUCUCCUUCCCACCAUCCAGCUCAUGCUAAACAAGCUCGCCGCUGAUUAUGCGGGCAUCGAACUUGGAAUUGGAGAAUCCCUGAUCAUGAAAGCCAUUGGAGAGAGCUCUGGUCGUUCGUUGUCGGUCAUCAAAGCAGACCAUCAAAAGAUUGGUGAUUUAGGCUUGGUUGCCGCCAAAAGCAAGUCUAAACAAGGACAAAUGUUCAAGCCAAAGCCACUCACUGUCCGAGGCGUCCACCAAGGGCUACUUGACAUUGCCAAAAUGGAAGGACAAGGCUCCCAAGAUCAGAAAGUCCGAGCAAUUAACAAACUGAUGGCGUCUGCCGACGUCUCGUCUACGAGCAAAACGGUAGACAUCAACAAGGACAAGGGAGGUCCAUCCGAAGCGAAAUUCCUUGUUCGGUUCCUUGAAGGAAAGUUGCGACUUGGUCUGGCCGAGAAAACCGUCAUCAUUGCACUGGCACAGGCUGUUGUGACAUAUGAAGCGAUGAAGAAGGGAAAGGUUCCCAGCACCGACCAGUUGGCGGAAGGAGAAGCCACGCUAAAAACCGUGUACAGCGAAUUGCCCUCGUACGAGGUCAUCAUUCCAGCCAUGCUUGAACAUGGCAUAUUCAACUUGCAUGAGACCUGCAAGCUGCGGCCAGGGGUGCCGUUGAAACCCAUGCUUGCCAAACCCACCAAAUCGAUCACUGAAGUACUUGACCGAUUCGAGGACAAAAACUUUACUUGCGAAUACAAGUAUGAUGGAGAGCGAGCACAGGUACACUAUGUUGCUCCGGAUGCAAUGUCCGACUUUCCUGCGGCAGGGAAUACACUGGUCAAGGAUUCCAAGGCUGUCAAGGGUUUGGCUUCCAUUUUUUCACGAAAUUCCGAAGAUUUGUCAAAGAAAUACCCCGAUAUUUUGGAAAAGUUGAAUACUUGGAUCAAGCCGUCAACCAAAAGCUUUGUCUUGGAUUGUGAAGUUGUUGCCUGGGAUCCGCAGAAUAAGAAAGUCCUUCCUUUCCAGCAACUCAUGACUCGAAAACGCAAGGAUGUGAAGACGUCAGAGGUGACGGUCAAAGUGUGUGUCUUCGCCUUCGACAUGCUCUUCUACAACGGAGAACCGCUGGUGAAAAAGACGCUGCGUGAGAGACGCGAACUUCUCCACCAUGCCUUUGAACCAGUGGAAGGAGAAUUUGCGUUCGCGCAGUAUGGUGACACGAAGGAUGUCGAGGAGAUCCAGCACCUCCUGGACGAGUCUGUCAAGGCAUCUUGCGAGGGUCUAAUGGUCAAAAUGCUCGACACCGAAGAAUCAGGAUACGAACCCAGCAAGCGCUCGCGCAACUGGCUCAAAGUCAAGAAAGAUUACCUCUCCGGUAUUGGUGACUCUUUGGACCUAGUCGUCUUAGGAGCCUAUCAUGGCAAAGGGAAGCGCACGUCCUGGUAUGGUGCCUUCCUCCUAGCGGCGUACAAUCCGGACACGCAAACCUUUGAAACCGUCUGCAACAUUGGCACCGGUUUCUCAGAAGCCGUCUUGGAAGAAUUUCACAAAGACUUAUCCGAAAUCGUCAUCGACCGUCCCAAGCCGUUCUACUCCCACUCGACGGUGAAGAACGAUCAACCAGAUGUCUGGUUUGAGGCGCGCUACGUCUGGGAAGUCAAGACAGCCGACCUGACGCUGAGUCCAAGGUACCGCGCUGCGAUUGACGAAAUGGGGGGAAAGAAUGGGAUUAGCCUACGCUUUCCGCGGUUUAUUCAGAAAAGAGACGACAAGAAUCCGGAAGAGGCGACGACAACUGGUGCGAUCGCCGAGAUGUAUCGCAAACAGGAGGCUGUGGCGAAAGAAGGGCAGGCUAAAAAGGGUGUUGACGAUGAUUUUGAGUAUUAG